GUUUACUGGCUGGCAUCUGUGCUUAGGCGGCGAUUCAAAAAAGGAAGAACUGUGAUGAUAACUUCUUUGAGGUUCUAUCAGCAGUAUUUUUAGUGGCCCUACAGCUUGCUUUCUUCCUUUCUUUGAAAGACUCGAUUGCGACCCGCGGAGGCGUCAGCGCUGGCGACGAUGGCGGACGAGGAUUUCUCAAAGGCUUCCGCGGAGGCAGAUCGCGAGAUGACGCGGUUAUGGCGCACAUGGAGAACAGUCUUUGAGAUGUUACUUGACAGGGGUUAUGAAGUUACUGAGGAAGAAGUAAACGUUCCUCUAGCCGAGUUUCGAACAAAGUAUUCCGAUGCGCUUGGCUUUCCCGACCGCAACAAGAUGCGCAUCAGUGCCCGCCCCUCACAAACCAUGAUUGAAAAGUAUACUCCUCUCGCUUCGCCCGCCAAACCCAAUCCUGUUCCCGAAUGCGGCACCAUCUACGUCGAGUUCUGCGCCGACGCCCAAGGUGUAGGAACCAAGCAGGUCCGCGCUUUUAACCACUUCGUCGACGAACAAAACUACCACACCGGCAUCUUUAUAACACAAUCUCCCAUUUCUCCCUCCGCGAUCCGCCUAUUGACCGGUAUUCCCGGACGCUUCUGCGAACAUUUUUUGGAGCAGGAGUUAUUGGUCAAUAUCACGCAUCAUGAGCUGGUGCCAAAACAUGUAUUGUUGAGCGCGGAAGAGAAGAAAAGACUGCUGCAGAGAUACAGGCUGAAGGAAUCUCAGCUACCCAGAAUUCAAAUUGGUGAUCCAGUGGCGAAGUAUUUGGGUUUGAGACGAGGGCAGGUUGUCAAAAUCAUCAGAAAGAGUGAAACAGCUGGACGAUAUGCCAGUUACCGAUGGGUUACUUAAAUCAAGCCUACGGUGAACUGACAAAUUCUGAGGAAACUUCGCCCCCCUCUGCAUGAGUGCAAUGUUGCAGAAAGCAAAUUCAGGCAGAUUGCAGGACGCUAGAGCUCUAUUUUAAAGAUAAGCCGUUGUUUCCAUUCGCGUCGAUCUUAAGGCAGAAGGGGCUUGUAAUUUUUUCUUGAUCUUGACUAGCAUGAUGGCGUAUGGGCUUUUUGGGGCUUUUUUUCCGCCCCCUUGAACCUUUAUUGUUUAUUAAGGAGUUUGCUUUGGGCGAGAUUUUGGUAACUCGAGACCGGCCAAAGAAUCGAAAGAUCAAAAUUUUAUGUAACAAUCAGUUUUUAUAGCGAAAUAAACAUGAUGUAUCUACAGUCUCGCCUUCGCUGCACUCUCAUCAUUUCUCACGACAGUGCCCUUUUUACCACCGUUUUUCUGUUGCUCCCUUAGCACUCGCCUCAAAAUCUUCCCACUCGCACUCUUUGGAAUCUCCUCCGUAAACUCUACCUCCACAAGCCACUUAUGUCUCACCUUCUUUUCCUGGACAUACUUAAUAAGCUUUCUUCCAGUUGCCACAAGGUCGUCGUCCUUUCGUGCUGGUUUCAAUACCACAUAUGCCUUAGGUCUUUCCCCAGAAUAUUCAUCCGGGACAGCGAGGACGGCUGCAUCCUCGACAUCCGGAUGACCCAGAAGCAAAUCUUCCAGUUCAGCUGGAGCAACACCGAUACCUUUGACUUUAAUCAUUUCCUUGAUCCGGUCCGUAAUAGUGAUAAAGCCUUCUUCAUCGAUCUUGCCGACGUCACCAGUAUGUAGCCAGCCAUCUUCAUCAAAGGUCUCGCGAGUUGCUUUGGGGUUGUUCAAGUAGCCCAUUACCACUUGAGGCCCGCGGGCAAGAAUUUCUCCCGGUUGGUUGUAUCCAAGUUCGGCACCAGUGUCCGGAUCGAUGAUUUUGACCUCAGUGUUGGCAACAAUGGUGCCAACACGGAACGCAUACUCAUAACCCAUUUUGCCAAUGGGGUGCGUGGUUAUGCAGCUGCAAGAUUCGGUCAUGCCGUACCCUUGUUUGAAGCCGGUUCCGGGGAACUUCUUUUCCAAAAACGCUAGGAUCUCUGCGCUUAGAGGAGCGGCGCCGGAGGAGAAGCGUUCAACAUGUGAUAAGUCAUACUUAUCAACAACGGGAUCACGGACCAAUCGAAUUAAGAUGGGUGGGACAAGCAACAUCUCUUUGAUCUUAAACGUGGAGACCGCAUCGAGCAUAGCCUCCAUGGUAAAUGACGGGAGCAUGUAUAUUUCCGCGUUGAGAAGAACAG